AUGGCUUCAAUGAUUAUUCUUAUUUCUCUUUUUCCUUUUGUCAUAUCAUCACUCGGAUAUGCCACAUAUACCAACCACUCGAUUUCUUCAACAACAACUGUCAUUUCAUCCAAAAAACAAGAAGAAAAGCUUCCAAAAUCAACUAACUUGAUCCCAGAAGAUGAUGUUGGCAUCUUCAACGAUAACUCUUCAGUUGAGAAGGAAUUUAAGUUUCCUUUUCUUCCUGAUGAUACGUAUCCUUCACCUGGAGACGUUGCUCGUCAUAUCGGCUACUUAAGGCUUCCGCAUAUUAUAGAUGCAAGGAUGUUCUACUACUUCUUUCAAUCACGGGCUAGUAAAGACGAUCCUGUUGUGAUUUGGUUAACUGGAGGACCAGGAGCCAAUAGUGCCAUUGCAAUAUUUAACGGAAAUGGUCCUUUUCGUAUCGAAAGACAUAACUUGAAUUAUGAUCACCUAACAUGGAAUGAUUAUGGUUGGGAUAUGGUAUCAAACAUUAUAUAUGUUGACAACCCUAUCGGAACAGGUUUGAGUUAUUCUUCUGACAAUAAUGAUAUAAGACACAAUCAAAUUGAUAUCAGCAAUGAUUUGUAUCAUUUUUUGCAGGAAUUUUUUAAAAAAUAUCCUGAUUUUAUUAAUAACGAUUUUUUCAUAACUGGACAAUCUUAUGCUGGUCAUUAUGCUCCUGCUUUGGCCUCUCGAAUACAGAAAGGAAAUAGAUUAAAAGAGGGAGUUCAUAUAAAUCUUAAGGGAUUUGCUGUUGGUAAUGGACUUAUAGAUUUAAAAAUUCAAUACCCAUUAUUACCAUAUUAUGCUUGGUCUCAAGGACUAAUUACAGAAGACCGACACAACCAACUAAAUAAAUUGAAUCCACCAUGUGAAUCAGACAUAGAAACGUGUCGAGAUUUGGUCUAUGGAGGAGAGAAUAGUUUCAUGGAUAUAUUCUUAGCAUUUGUUGAAGUAAUUAACAGCACAGGUAAUGAUACUGCUUGUUUAAACGCUUAUGAGUCUUGUAAUUCAAUAUACAACCAAACUCUUGAGAGCGGAGAUUUUGAUCCUAAAGACAUUAGAGAGAGUCGUGAAACUACUAAUGACUACUCAAGGCUGACAUCUUUUAUGAAUGAGCUGUCAACAAAGAAAGCUCUGGGCGUGACGGGUAAAAAAUUUGUUUUGUUGAACAUGGAUGUAUACGAUGCAUUAAAAGGGGAUUGGGCAAAAAAUUUUGAAGUGGACAUUGCAGCUCUACUUAAGGAGGGAAUCAAAAUCCUUAUUUAUGCGGGAGAUAAAGAUUUUACUUGCAACUGGUUUGGAAAUUUUAAAUGGCUCUUGAAUACGGAAUGGUAUGGCAAAGAAGAAUUUUUAGAGACUGUUACAUUCAAAGUUGAUGAAGAAGAUUCAGGAUUGAUGACUAGCCAUGGUCUUAUCACUUUCAUCAAGGUUUAUAAUUCUGGAAUGGAUGUUCCAUGGGAUCAACCAAAAGUUGUUUUGGACAUGAUAAAGCGUUGGAUGAAAGAAGAACUUAAGCUCAUGGCCACCCAACUUGGGAGCCAUGUGCCGUGGUCAGGGUCGGCUAAUACACAUGGGGAAAAAAAAAUUACUACUAUAAACGGAUGCAUUUUUUUUGGCAGCCGUAAUUUGAGUUUAACAGUGGCGUCCCUGAGACGGGCGAGACAGGAGGUCGCCAAGGGCCCCCAAAUCCACAAGGCCUCAUAUUGUUAA